AUGUCCCAAACCUUCCUCGGCCGUGUCAAGAGCGUGCUUAGUGGCGACACGCUGAUAUUGACAAGCACCAAGAACCCCAACAGUGAACGCACCCUGUCUCUCGCCUAUGUCACGGCCCCUCACUUGAAGCGCGAGGGUGACGAGCCUUUCGCCUUCCAGUCUCGCGAGUAUCUUCGAGACCUCGUCGUCGGAAAGCUCGUUCAAGCAACUGUUCUGUACACAAUCCCUACUUCCGGCCGAGAAUUUGGUACUGCCAAACUUCAGCAGGAUGGAACCAUGCUGCCUGAUGAGCUUGUUAAAGCUGGCUGGCUGAAGGUCCGCGAGGAUGCUGGUCGGAAGGAGGAGUCGGACGACGUGCUUGACCGCCUUGAGGCGCUCCGCCAGCUCGAAAAUAAGGCCAAGGCUGAGGACAAGGGACUCCACGUCGGGGUUGGUGGUAUUAUUGAGGUUCAAAAUGAUCUCGGUGGCCCUGAGUUCUUGAAGGAGUGGAAAGGCAAGACAGUGGAUGGUAUUGUUGAGCGAGUUCUUAGUGGCGACCGCGUAUUAAUGCGGCUCUUGCUCUCCGAGAAGAAGCACGUUCAGCCCAUGACCCUGAUUGCAGGUAUCCGAACGCCUGCCACCGAACGCACACUUCCCUCUACUGGUACCACUCAGCCGGCCGAGGAAUAUGGAAAUGAGGCUAGAUCAUUUGUUGAGUCAAGGUUGCUCCAGCGUCGGAUUAAGGUUGAGAUCGUUGGUGCUAGCGCCCAAGGGCAGCUUGUUGCCUCUCUUAUCCACCCCGUUGGAAACAUCGCCGAGUUUCUACUCCAAGAAGGUCUUGCACGAUGCAACGACUUCCAUUCUAUUAUGCUGGGUGAAAAAAUGGCGGCUCUCCGCGCUGCUGAGAAGCAGGCGCAAUCCAAGAAGCUCCGGCUUCACAAAUACCAUGUUGCCAAAACUGAGAGCGGAAACCAGGACGCAAUUGUAUCCAAGGUCAUUAGUGCCGAUACCAUUCUCGUAAGAAACAAGGCCGGAACAACAGAGAAGCGCAUCAACAUCAGCAGUGUCCGAGGGCCUCGCACUACAGAGCCUUCAGAAAGUCCUUUCCGGGAAGAAGCCAAGGAGUUUCUUCGUCAAAAGCUGAUUGGGAAGCAUGUGAGGAUCAGCAUUGAUGGUAACAAGCCCGCAACAGAAGGAUAUGAAGCUCGUGAAGUCGCCACUGUCACCGAAAAGAAUACCAAUAUCAACCUUCUCCUGGUUGAGAACGGAUGGGCGUCAGUCAUCCGACAUCGAAAGGAUGACACUGACCGAGCCCCUAAUUAUGAUGACCUUCUCGCUGCCCAAGAGAAGGCUAAAGCGGAGAAGAAGGGCAUGUGGUCAGGCAAGCCUCAGAAGGCAAAGCAGUACACCGACCUCUCCGAGAACACACAGAAAGCCAAAAUCAUGCUGGCUACCCUACAACGACAAAAGAAGGUACCUGCUAUUGUCGACUUCUGCAAAGCUGGUUCUAGGUUCACUAUCUUGAUUCCACGAGAGAAUGUAAAACUCACAAUGGUUCUGGGUGGAAUCCGCGCCCCUCGAGCUCCCAGAGCCGAUGGCGAAGGUGGUGAGCCUUUCGGCAAGGAGUCCCUCGAUCUUGCCAAUCGUCGAUGUAACCAGCGCGACUGUGAGGUAGAUAUCCAUGACAUGGACAAGGUUGGUGGGUUCAUCGGUGACCUUUAUAUCAACCGAGAAAACUUCGCCAAGGUCUUGGUCGAAGAAGGUCUCGCAUCUGUUCACGCUUAUUCCGCGGAAAAGUCUGGUAACGCUGCUGAGCUAUUUACCGCCGAGAAGAAAGCCAAGGAGGCUCGGAAGAACUUAUGGCAGGAUUGGGAUCCCUCACAGGACGAGGAGUACGAGGAAGAGAACAAUGCUGAAGUUGCCCCUGAAACCGAAGUCUCUAUCGACAAGAAGCCCACCGACUACCGCGAUGUCAUCAUCACUAAUGUUGACGCGAACGGUAAACUCAAGAUCCAAGAGAUUGGCAAGGGAACAGCCGCUCUUGAGAGCUUGAUGAGCGAAUUCCGAAGAUUCCACCUUGAUUCCAAAAACAACAACCCUCUUAAGGAUGCUCCAAAGACCGGAGAGUACGUCUCAGCCAAAUUCUCUGCUGAUGGUCAGUGGUACCGAGCCCGUGUGAGGGCCAAUGACCGCAGUGCCAAGAAGUCUGAAGUUGUUUAUAUCGAUUACGGCAACAGUGAGAAGAUUCCCUGGUCUAAUUUACGAGGACUGGAUCAACCCAAAUUCGGUGCGCAGAAGUUGAAGGCUCAGGCCGUUGAUGCCUCUCUGUCAUUUGUGCAACUUCCUACCGGUGCCGACUAUUUCUCAGAUGCUAUCGAUUUCAUCUACGAACUCACUGAGAAUAAGCGACUUGUUGCCAACUUCGACUUUGUUGACAACAAGGAGAACCUGAGCUAUAUCACAUUGUAUGACACAGGAUCCUCAGGAGAACUUCCCGGACCCAAUGACUCUAUCAACAAGGAAGUUGUUGCCGGUGGGUACGGCAUGGUUCCUAAGAAGCUCAAGGCUUGGGAACGUAGUAAGGCGUUUGAGUCUACCCUUAAGUAUCUUAAGGAGGUCGAGAGCCAGGCAAAGGACCAGCGGCUGGGUAUGUGGGAGUAUGGAGAUAUCACUGAAGACUAA